CGGUCGACCGACCCGGUCGACCGACCACCUCCAGCAGAACCCCGAAAGAAUCCAGAGAGCCGUCGGUCGACCGGGCCGGUCGACCGACCUCCUUGUGCACGAAUCCGGUCGACCGGACCGGUCGACCGCCACCUGUUUUUCCUGAUUCUGCUGCUGAUGCUGAAAUUCCUUCACCUUGUGCAUUCUCUUGCCAAUGGACUUGAGGUGACUGAACCUCUUUUGGAAACGUCCCGAAAAGGUUACCUUGCUGCGAUAUCCGCAUCAAGCUAUUCUUUUGUCUCUUUACUUCAAAAUUUUCUUCCAAUAAUGAAUCCAGAUACUACAAGGAUAUUCGAAAGAUCCACGAUACUCGGAGCAACCCCCCGUCGUCAAGCUGAAAGUGUAGAUACCGCCCUCACUCGUCUUCUUCGAUCCUGUAGGCUUCUUUGCAACGAAAUAGAUUCGCCCCUUGAGUCCCAAGCAGCUAGCUAGCCUCGAAAAGAAAACAAUGUCAUCCAAUUUCUUCGGCGAAUUAGCCGAUACAAGAGGCAUACUGAGGCACGAUAAACAAAGUACGAUCGAGCCUUCAAGUCCGUAACCUCUACCCAUCCCUGUGGCCUGAGCUCAAGAAUUUGUACCGUUGAAUUGAGACCGCCAACAAUAAUCGCUCAAAAAUUGGAACGAGGCGCCAUGACAAAUGGAGUGUUGUUUCUGUACCUAUCUCGUCCCCAGUCCUCGCCGUCCCAAAAGUAGAUAAGCACUCUAUCCUUGUACACGCUCUCGAUGGCAAACAUGCAAUGUUUAUCGGGAGGUUGACCGAUGAACUCGAUUCCGGUGAAGUUUGGUGAAUAAACGAGUAUCAGUGAAGGGGUUGACCAAUAAGACCUCUUCUUCUCGACAGAGCACCAACCAUCCGUCUUUGGAGGAAUAUAACCGAGCUUUC